AUGGAGACCGAGGCUGGGCCCUGGCGGCCUUUCGACGUUGCCAUGGAGACAAGUCCCGGGCUAAGGCUCCGAAGCCCCGGCUCUCUGCCGGCUCAGAACCCCGCGGAGCCGCUGUGCGAGGCCGGAGCCGUGGUGGCGGCGGCACGCUGGGACCUGCGGAAACACUCUUUGCUCAUCGUGAUCGGCGAUAUCGGUACAGAGAAUCAGCUGAGGGCCGUUAGGGCCCACCUUGAGCAAGGGAUUCUCUCCUGGAACAUUGAUUUAUCAUCCAUUGACUUGAACCAACAAUUGAGACUCUUCAUUACCCGGCACCUAGCUCACUUCUCCUCAGAGGUCAAAGGCCAGAGGACCCUCUGCCACCAGAGUGAGAUCCUAGAGACCAUCGUCCUGGUAAACCCCAGUGCCGACAGCAUCAGCUCCGAGGUUCACCACCUCCUUAGCAGCCCAUCAGCUCACAAACUACUGAUCUUGAGUGGGCAAAGUUUAGAGCCUGGGGGAGACCUCAUCCUACAGAGUGGCACCUACUCCUAUCAAAACUUUGCCCAGGUCCUUCACAGCCCAGAGAUUGCCCAAUUGCUCAGCAAUAGAGACCCUGGGAUCCAGGCUUUCCUCACUGUGUCCUGCUUAGGGGAAGGUGAUUGGAGCCACCUGGGACUAUCCAGUUCCCAAGAGACCCUGCACCUCCGGCUAAACCCUGAGCCCAUGCUGCCCACCAUGGAUGGCGUGGCUGAGUUCUCUGAGUACGUCUCUGAGACCGUGGAUGUGCCAUCCCCCUUUGACCUGCUGGAGCCCCCCACCUCAGGGGGCUUCCUCAAGCUCUCCAAGCCAUGCUGCUACAUCUUCCCUGGCGGCCGCGGGGACUCUGCCCUCUUUGCCGUGAAUGGUUUCAACAUCCUGGUGGAUGGUGGCUCUGAUCGCAAGUCCUGCUUCUGGAAGCUGGUGCGGCACCUGGACCGCAUUGACUCCGUGCUGCUCACACACAUCGGGGCAGACAACCUGCCAGGCAUCAACGGACUCCUGCAGCGCAAAGUGGCAGAACUGGAGGAGGAGCAGUCUCAGGGCUCUAGCAGCUACAGUGACUGGGUGAAGAACCUCAUCUCCCCCGAGCUUGGAGUCGUCUUCUUCAACGUGCCUGAUAAGCUGCGGCUGCCUGAUGCCUCACGGAAGGCCAAGCGCAGCAUUGAGGAGGCCUGCCUCACUCUGCAGCACUUAAACCGCCUAGGCAUCCAGGCCGAGCCCCUCUACCGUGUGGUCAGCAACACCAUCGAGCCGCUGACCCUCUUCCACAAGAUGGGUGUGGGCCGCCUGGACAUGUACGUCCUCAACCCUGUCAAGGAUAGCAAGGAGAUGCAGUUCCUCAUGCAAAAGUGGGCAGGCAACAGUAAAGCUAAGACAGGCAUUGUGCUGGCUAAUGGGAAGGAGGCUGAGAUCUCGGUGCCCUACCUGACCUCCAUCACUGCUCUGGUGGUCUGGCUACCAGCCAACCCCACUGAGAAGAUUGUGCGCGUGCUUUUUCCAGGGAAUGCGCCCCAGAACAAGAUCUUGGAGGGCCUGGAAAAGCUUCGACACCUGGACUUCCUGCGCUACCCCGUGGCCACGCAGAAGGAGCUGGCCACUGGGGCUGUGCCUGCCAACCUCAAACCCAGCAAAAUCAAACAGCGGGCUGAUAGCAAGGAGAGCCUCAAGGCCACAACCAAGACAGCCGUGGGCAAGCUGGCCAAACGGGAGGAGAUGGCUGAAGAGGGAGCCAAGGAGGCCCGCUCAGAACUGGCCAAGGAGUUAGUCAAGACAGAGAAGAAGGUAAAGGAGUCAUCUGAGAAGCCCCCAGAGAAGCCUGCCAAGCCUGAGAGGGUGAGGACAGAGUCGAGUGAGGCACUGAAGGCAGAGAAGCGAAAGCUGAUCAAAGACAAGGUGGGGAAGAAGCACCUGAAAGAAAAGAUAUCAAAGCUGGAAGAGAAAAAAGACAAAGAGAAGAAAGAGAUCAAGAAGGAGAGGAAGGAGCUCAAGAAGGAUGAAGGAAGGAAGGAGGAAAAGAAGGAUGCCAAGAAGGAGGAGAAGAAGAAAGAUACCAAACCUGAGGUCAAAAAGAUUUCCAAGCCAGACCUGAAGCCCUUUACCCCUGAGGUACGUAAGACCCUCUACAAAGCCAAGGCCCCCGGCAGAGUCAAGACGGAGAAGAGCCGGGCUGCCCGUGGGGAGAAGGAGCUGUGCUCUGAGCCCCGGACACCCCCAGCCCAAAAGGGGGCUGCAUUCCCAACAAGGGAGCUGGCCCUGUCUUCACCAGAGGAUCUCACACAGGACUUCGAGGAGUUGAAGCGUGAGGAGACGGGGUUGCUGGCUGAACAAAGGGACACAGGACUAGGAGAGAAACCACUCCCCCCAGACACUGCAGAGGAGGGACUCCCAAGCACAGUGGCCCCGGGGGCACCACCCUCUGUCACAGGGCUGGAACCAGAAGAGCCUGUGAUAAAGGAGAAAGAGGCUGUCCCAGACAUCCCUGAGGAACAAGGCAGCAAGGACAGAGGCCCAGACUCUGGGGCUGAGAGAGAGCGAGCCCCCUGGGAGGAAAAGAAGGCAAAGGAAUCAGAGGGGCUCCCCGACAGAACAGAAGCCAGAGAGGAAAGUGAACCUGAGGUAAAGGAGGACGUGAUAGAGAAGGCCGAGUUAGAGGAAAUGGAGGAGCUGCACCCUUCAGACGAGGAGGAAGAGGAAGAGACAAAGGCUGAGGGUUUUUACCAAAAACAUAUGCAAGAAGCCUUGAAGGUAACGCCAAGGGGCAGGGAGGCUCUUGGGGGCCAGGAAUUAGGACUCCAAGGUAAGGCCCCUGAGAAGGAGACCUCGUCAUUCCUAAGUAGCCUGGCCACCCCUGCAGGAGCCACUGAGCACGUCUCUUACAUCCAGGACGAGACAAUCCCUGGUUACUCAGAGACCGAGCAGACUAUCUCAGAUGAGGAGAUCCAUGAUGAGCCAGAGGAGCGCGCAGCUCCACCUAGAUUUCCUACAGGUACCUAUGACCUCCCUGGGCCUGAAGGUCCUGGCCCAUUUGAGGCUAGCCAGCCUGCAGACAAUGCUGUUCCCACCACCCCCAGCAAAGGCUAUGGAGCGCCAGAGUCGGAACUCACCUACCCCCCCAACAUGGUGGCCGCCCCUCUGGCUGAAGAGGAGCAUGUGUCCUCAGCUACUUCAAUCACUGAGUGUGACAAGCUUUCUUCCUUUGCCACAUCCGUGGCUGAGGACCAGUCUGUGGCUUCACUCACAGCUCCCCAGACAGAGGAGACAGGCAAGAGCUCCCUGCUGCUUGACACAGUCACAAGCAUCCCCUCCUCCCACACGGAAGCCACUCAGGGCCUGGACUACGUGCCAUCAGCUGGUACCAUCUCACCCACCUCCUCACUGGAAGAAGACAAAGGUUUCAAAUCACCACCCUGUGAGGAGUUCUCUGUGACUGGGGAGUCAGAGAAGAGAGGAGAGAUUGUACGGAGAGGCUUGUCUGGAGAGAGAGCCGUGGAAGAGGAAGAGGAAGAGGAAGAGGAGGAGACUGCAAAUGUACAGGUGUCCGAGAAACUUCACGGUCAGUAUGAACCCCUGAUGUAUGCUGCCCCUGGGCACACCCUACAUCCAGGGGAACCAGCCAUUGGAGAAGUGGAGGAGCGCUGCCUCAGCCCAGAUGACAGCACAGUGAAGAUGGCCUCUCCCCCACCAUCUGGCCCACCCAGUGCCACCCACACGCCCUUUCAUCAGUCCCCAGUGGAAGAAAACUCUGAGCCCCAAGACUUUCAGGAAGCAGACUCCUGGGGAGAUACUAAGCGUACACCAGGUGUGGGCAAGGAAGAUGCUGUAGAAGGGACGGUCAAGCCAGGGCCUGAAGAGGGCACACCAGAGGAGGAGGGAAAGCUGCCUCCUCCCAGGAGCCCCCAGGCCCAGGAAGCACACAUCAGCGUUGUUGGAGGACAUGCAGGCUGCACCGUCCAACUGCUGCCAGAACAGGACAAAGCAAUAGUCUUUGAGACCGUGGAGGCGGGAGAGCCCACAGGGCCGAUUCUGGAAACAGAAGCCCUUCCCAGAGAUUUGAGAACAUCACACCAAGAACCUGGUGAACCUCAGAAAGAUGAGUUGCUCCAGUUUCUUGACCGAGGCCUCUCCCCUGAAGAGGUGGAGUCCCUCUCUGUCCUCAGCGUGGUCUCCCCAGACAUUGCCAACCAAGAAGCCAUCCCUAGGUCUCCCUGUGGCCUGACAGAGCAGCACCUACACAAAGACCUUUGGCCACAGGUAUCUCCAGAUGACACCCGGUCGCUUUCUCUCUCAGAAGAGAGUCCCAGCAAGGAGACCUCUCUGGAUAUCUCUUCUAAGCAGCUGUCUCCAGAAAGCCUUGGCACCCUCCAGUUUGGGGAACUAACCCUUGGAAAGGAAGAAAACGGUCCUCUGAUGCAGACUGAGGACACCUCUCACCGCCUAGCCCCUGUGUCUAUUCCAGAAGCCCGUGCAGCCACAGUGUCACCUCCCACAGAUGGGACCAGUGGAUAUGCUGCACAGGCAGACGUCACAGAUGAGAGCCCUGACGGAAAAUUACCUGCCAGCUCCUUCUCUCACUCUACACUGUUGGGAGAUGGGAAGCACUCACCUGGAAUGAUCACAAGCCCUGGUGAACACAUUCUGACACCUGAUAGCUCCCUCACCAGGAGUCCUGAGUCCUUGCCAAGCCCUGCCAUGGAGGAUAUUGCCAUGGAGUGGGAAGGUAAAGUUCCAGAGUUGAAAGAGAGACCCCCAGAGAAGAAGGAGAAGGGACCUGAGCCAAAGGAUGAAGUCCUACAGCAGAAGGACAAAAGUCUGGAGCAGAAGGGCACAGCCAUCUAUGGGAAAGAUGAGGUUCUGGAAGAAAAGGACAAGGCUGUGGAACAGCAGGAUAAGGCUUUGGAAGAAAAAGGAAGAGACUCAGAACAUAGGGACACAGCCCUGGAACAAAAGGACAAGGCCCUGGAAGGAAAAGACAAAGACUUAGAACCUAAAGACAGAGACUUAGAACCAAAAGACAAAACCUUGGAACAGGAGGACAAGGUCCCAGGAGAGAAAGAUGAACUCUUAGAACAAAAAGUCAGAGACUCUGAACAUAAACACAAGGUUCCAGAGGACAAGGUCCCUGAACUGAAGGGCAAGGCCUUAGAACAGAAAGAUGAAGCCCCUGAGCAGGACAAGGUCCCAGAACAGAAGGACAAGGCCUUAGAAAAGAAGGACCAGGCUUUAGAACAAAAAUACUUGGCCCUAGAACAGAAGGGUGAAGCUCUGGAACAAAACAUUAAGGCUGUUGAACAAAAAGACAAGAUUCUGGAAGAGAAGGACAAAACUCAGGAGCAGGAAAGUCCUGUGCAGGAGGAUAAAACCAUGACACUAAAGGAGAAGAUCCUAGAGGAAAAAUCUCCAGAAAAAGUCAAGGCUGUGGGACAGAAGGAAGAAGCUCUGCUGGAGAAGACCAAAGCUCUGGGUCUGGAAAAGAGCCCAGUGCAGGAGGACAAGGCCCCGGAGCAGGAUGAGAGGUACUGGAAGGAGCAGGACGUGGUCCAGGAGUGGCAAGAAACAUCUCCAGCCAGAGGAGAGCCAGUUGGAGAACAGAAGGAGCCUGCCCGGACAUGGGAGGACACAUCUCCUGAGCAGGAGGACAGGUACUGGAGGGGCAGAGAGGAUGUGGUCCUGGAACAGGACACAUACUGGAGGGAGCUGAGCUGUGAGCGGAAGGUCUGGUUCCCUCAUGAGCUGGGUGGCCAGGGGGCCCGGCCACGGUUCACAGAAGAGCGGGAGAGCACUUUCCUCGAUGAGGGGCCGGAUGAUGAGCAGGAAGUGGCCCCCUUGGAGCAUACACCCAAGAGUCCCUGGGCCUCAGACUUUAAGGGCUUCCAGGAGCCCUCACCACAGAAGGAGCUGGAGGUGGAGCGCUGGCUUGCUGAGUCACCAGUUGGGCUGCCACCAGAGGAAGAGGACAAGCUGACUCGCUCCCCUUUUGAGAUCAUCUCUCCUCCGGGCUCCCCACCUGAGAUGGUUGGACAGAGGGUUCCACCGGCCACAGGACAAGAGAGCCCUAUCCCAGAUCCUAAGCCCAUGCCACCCAUGAGGAAUGAGCCCACCACCCCCUCAUGGCUGGCUGACAUCCCACCAUGGGUGCCCAAGGACAGACCCCUGCCCCCUGCACCUCUCUCCCCAGCUCCAGCUCCCCCAACACCUGCCCCACAGCCACUCACUCCUGCGCCCUUCUCUUGGGACACAGCUGAGUAUGACAGUGUGGUGGCUGCAGUGCAGGAUGGGGCAGCUGAGUUGGAAGGCGGGCCGUACUCCCCCCUAGGGAAGGACUACCGCAAGGCUGAAGGGGAAAGGGAAGAAGAAGGUGGGGUUGGGGUUCCCGACAGCAGCCCCCGCAGGUCAAAGGUCCCAGAGGCCAGCGAGAGCCAUGCCUCUAAGGAGCCCGAGCCGGCCGAGCCAGAGCAGAGAGAGCCCACACCCUAUCCCGAUGAGCGAAGCUUCCAGUAUGCAGACAUCUAUGAGCAGAUGAUGCUCACUGGACUGGGCCCUGCAUGCCCCACUAGAGAGCCUCCGCUUGGAGCAGCUGGGGAUUGGCCCCCACACAUCUCAACCAAGGAGGAGGCUGCUGGCCGAAGCACAUCUGCAGAAAAGGAGCUUUCGUCUCCUGUCUCACCCCAUCACCUCCAAUUCGACACUCCAACCUUCAGCUAUGCAGCUCUGGCGGGACCCGCCGUACCCCCCAAGCAGGAGCCUGAGCCAGGGCCAAGCGUGGAUCCCAGCCUCAUCCCACCUGCAAUACCCCCCCGUGCUCCUAUCCCCCAGAGCAAAGGCCCAAGCCCCCCACUUAAUGGUAACAUCCUGAGCCGUAGCCCAGAUAGGAGAACCCCAUCCCCCAAGGAACCAGGCCGUGGUCACUGGGAUGACAGCACGAGUGACUUGGAGCUGGAGAAGGGGGCUCGGGAGCAGCCUGAGAAAGAGGCCCAGUCCCCAAGUCCCCCGCAACCCAUGCCUGCAGGUCCCUCCACCCUGUGGCCUGAAAGUGAGGCACAUACCAGCCCUUCCUCGGACUCACACCUGGGUCCUACCCGACCCAGUCUGGACUUCCCUGCAUCAGCCUUUGGCUUCUCCUCAUUGCAGCCAGCUCCUCCACAGCUGCCCUCUCCAGCGGAACCCCGCUCAGCACCCUGUGGGUCCCUUGCCUUCUCUGGUGACCGAGCUUUGGCUUUGGCUCCAGGGCACCCCCCCAGAGCCCGGCAUGAUGAGUACCUAGAAGUAACCAAGGCCCCCAGCCUGGACUCUUCACUGCCCCAGCUCCCAUCACCCAGCUCUCCUGGGGCCCCUCUCUCCAGUCUGCCGCAACCUGCCUCACCAGCCCUAUCUGAGGGCUCCUCUUCUGAGGCCACCACACCUGUGAUUUCGAGUGUGGCUGAGCGCUUCCCUCCCGGCCUGGAGGCUGCAGAACAAGGGUCUGUAGAGCUGGUCCCAGGAAUUGAACCAGCUGCCCACGGCCUCUGGGACAUCACUCCUCUGAGCCCAGCACCUCCAGCUUCACUGGACUUGGCCCCACCUCUGGCUCCAAGCCUGCCUGGAGACAUGGAUGAGGGUACCCUGCCCUGCCGCCUGGAGUGCUCAGGGGCAGCCACCAAGAAGCCAAGCCCCUUGCAGGGCCCCUCCAGGGAUCGUGCCACCAAUGGCCCAACUGAAACCAGCCCCAAGCCCCCAGGCCCUGCCCCAGCUGAGGCUGAGAAAGGAAAGGCUGAGGCCUGCCCGGCCUGGGAACGUGGGGCCUGGCCUGAGGGAGCCGAGAGGAGCUCCAGGCCUGACACGCUGCUCUCUCCUGAGCAGCCACUGUGCCCUGGAGGGUCCUCUGGAGACCAUCCUAGAAGUGUCUCCCCUGAGAUGGAGGCUGGGCCCCAGGGAUGUGUUGCUGAGCCCCGGCCCCAUCGUGGGGAGCUCUCUCCAUCCUUCCUGAACCCACCUCUGCCUCAAUCUACGGAUGACAGUGACCUGUUAACUGAGGAAGCUCGGCUGGUAGGGAGAGGGGGGCGGCGUCGGGUGGGGGCUGCAGGGGCCACAGGGGGCCCCUGCCCCGUGGCAGAUGAGACACCCCCGACGUCAGUCAGCGACUCGGGCUCCUCACAGUCAGAUUCUGACGUUCCACCAGAAACUGAGGAGUGUCCAUCCAUCACAGCUGAGGCAGCCCUCGACUCAGAUGAAGAUGGGGACUUCCUGCCUGUGGACAAAGCUGGUGGGUUUAGUGGGACUCACCAUCCCAGACCUGGCCAUGACCCACCCCCUAUCCCCCAGCCAGACCCUCGCCCAUCCCCUCCACGUCCUGACGUGUGUAUGGCUGACCCCGAGGGGCUCAGCUCAGAGUCUGGAAGGGUAGAGAGGCUACGGGAGAAGAAGACACAGGGGAGAGUCGGCCGCAGGGCUCCAGGCAGGGCCAAGCCAGCGUCUCCUGCCCAGCGUCUGGAUCUUCGGGGAAAACGCUCACCCACCCCUGGUAAAGGGACUGCAGAUCGAGCAUCCCGGGUGCCACCCCGACCACGCAGCACUCCAAGCCAGGUCACCCCAGCAGAGGAAAAGGAUGGACACAGCCCCAUGUCCAAAGGCCUAGUCAAUGGACUCAAGGCAGGACCAACGGCCUUGGGUUCCAAGGGCGGCUCUGGCCCCCCUGUAUAUGUGGAUCUUGCCUAUAUCCCGAAUCAUUGCAGUGGCAAGACUGCUGACCUUGACUUCUUCCGACGAGUGCGUGCAUCCUACUAUGUGGUCAGUGGGAAUGACCCUGCCAAUGGCGAGCCGAGCCGGGCUGUGCUGGACGCCCUGCUGGAGGGCAAGGCCCAGUGGGGGGAGAAUCUUCAGGUAACUCUGAUCCCUACUCACGACACGGAGGUGACUCGUGAGUGGUACCAGCAGACUCAUGAGCAGCAGCAACAACUGAACGUUCUGGUCCUGGCGAGCAGCAGCACCGUGGUCAUGCAGGAUGAGUCCUUCCCAGCCUGCAAGAUUGAGUUCUGAAAGAACCACUCUCCCUUCCCCAAGGAUCUGCUCCCACAACCCCCUUAGAGAAUGGCUACUGCUGAGUCCUUUGGGGUUGAGGGACAUGGGAGUUGAGGGGUCGAGGGGAACAGGAUGUCUCGUGGGAACUUAGGCUGGGCUAAACGGGAAGGGUUGUCCCUCCCCUUCAUCCAUGCCUGAAAGGAGUCUCAAAACCAAAGGUAACAGGAUUAGGAUAGGGGGAGGGUGCAAAAUUAGGAUACAAGGUCAUCUGAUGCCUGAGAACCCCAGAGUGACACCCUCUCUUAGCACUGCCUAAUGCUGGUGUUGGGUGGGGAGUGAGGAUGGAUCUCAGAGAGCAACCUCCUCCCUCAUGGAGGGAGAUCAUAUCCCCAACCCCAAGGACCUUUUUAUCUUAAUCUAUGUACUUAGCAUCCCAAGGAAGGAUUUCCAGUAGUAAUUUAUGUGACCUGGGGGCAGGAUACUGUCAGUGAGGUUGCCAGAGCUGCAUCCUUUCCUCCAUCUCCCAUUCCCUUCCCCACCAGAGUCUGGGUCCCAGCAGGGGUCUGGGGGUACGCUGCUGCUACACUGUCCCACUGCUUCCCUCCGUACCUGAAUGUUUCAAUCCAAAACUUGAAGCACUUUUGACCAACAGAUUGGUGAGAGAAGAAAGGAGCUUAUCCUCCUGGCCCCUGCUUCAUACCAUUCACAUCCCAGAGCUGUGCCCAGACCAGGCCUACUGGGCAGCACAAAGGAUCAAGGAGAGCCCAGCCCCAGCCCAGACUUCUUCCAAGCUCCCUGACCUUAUGAAGUUUUCACCCACCCAUUCCAACUCUCCUGAUCCCUUCUCAUACCUGCUUGGCUUAUCUGCAUGUGGUCACCUGCUGUGGCCUGGUGUGUAAUGGGUUAAAAAGCCACUGCCUGACAUCCUAACGUUUGACACCCCAGCAACGUGAGACUCCCCCCAACAUUCCACUAUGCCAUCCUGCAGCUGAAAUGGGAACGCUGGCUGCUUUUCCAGCCCCAAACUCUUGGAUAGAGGAUCGGGGAGGUGGAGGCCAUGCCAGAGGACUUGGGGAAAAUGAGAGGGAGGAAGGAAAAAGGGAGAGGAAGCUGAGCUAGGUCUUAACUCUUACUGAGUGAGAUGAAAACAGGCCGAAAAUACCACCCCAGGAGAGGACCUCACCCCAAGCAAGCCGAUAAGCAGCCCUGCCAGACUACUGCGGGACUGAGAAAUCCAGACGCUCUUCAGGGCUCAGCUUCUCUGCCAAAUGACUGUGGAAACCAAAACGAGACCGCCUGUGUUCUUCCUAGCUCCCACCCUCUCGUGCUGCUGUGCUCUGCUCUCCCCUCCCCCACCACGUCCCUGCUACAGUUCCCAGCUGCUGUAACGGAGCCACCUCCAACUCUAACAAUAAAUCAAGUUCAUUACAGAUGCUGUAGUGCUGCUUAGGCUUUUUCUGACUCCACACGUUGCUUAGUUGCUGGGCCCUGGCUUCUAACUCUCUGCUUCUACCAGCAUGGUCAUUUAUCUUGAUGCCUUUGAUGACUGGAAGCAGUUCCAGGACCCAAGGAAGCCAGAGAAUAUAGGGCGGGUGAAGGGAGAAAAAGUUAUGGGAAGCCAGCAUAAUUUCUGAAAAUAGGUGAGAACACCCAAGUAUGGGUGAUAGGAACUGGGGGUGGGGACAUACAUUUGGUUUGGGGGAGGAAAGAGAGGCUUCCUGGGAUGGGGAUCUGCAUUCCAUGGAGUCAAGAGCUAAGGACCCAAUAACCAGCAUCAGAUACCUUGCAUAGGAGAACACCACAGAGGUAAGGAAUUAAGGGGCCCUAAGAGAUCCAGAGCCUGUUGAGGUUGUAAACAGCUUUCACCUGUGCAGUCAGGAUUUCCAUGAAGUAUUAUAAAAUGUUGGAUUUUCCUCUGCAGUGAAACCCUUUAUAGUCCUGGGUAUGUCAGGAAAGGCCAAGUUGUGAAUGUGAAUACAUGCAGAGAGGGAUAUUCCAGCCCCGCUAGUGUUCUAGGCUUUCCCAGUGUAAAGACAUCAAGGGGGUAAAGAAAGCGCACCCCGUUUAUAUCAACUCCUGACACUCACUCCCAAGCAUCAGAGUUAAAAAUUAAGAGGGUGAUUACAACGAUCUGGUGAGAAGGCACUGGACCCUUUGGUGCUUCACAGAGAUAGAACCUCUCUUUCCGGUAACACUACUUAUUUAAGACAUUUUGGGAUUGUAGGCUGAUUGCCAUAGGGACCUCCUGGGAUGUUUAAUCUCCAUAUUUUUAAGGUCCAUUCCUGCUCAACU